AUGCCUCCACCAGUGAUCCUUCUUCUAGGGGCCGGUGCCAAUAUCGGCCAUGGUAUCGCGCAGAGGUUCUCUUCAUCCGGCUACAAAGUAGCCAUUGCAUCCCGAAGUGGAAAAUCCGCCCAAGGCACCGAUUACCUCUCCGUCAAAGCUGAUUUGACCCAGCCACAGGACGUGAAGUCGGUCUUUGACACUGUCAAAUCGGAAAUGGGUAUACCGAGCGUCGUCGUUUACAUUGCCUACGGCCUAACCAUGGCAGCUGAAUCCGACCCGCUCUCCCCGUCCCUGGAGAAGCUCACCUCAGACCUCGCCAUCAACACCGUCAGCGCUUUCGCCGCGGCUCAGGAAGCCGUCAAAGGCUUCGAAGAGCUCGGGUCUAGCGCCCCCAAGACUUUCAUCCAGAUCGGAAAUAUGCUGAACAAAAUGGUCUAUCCGAGACUCAUCACCAUGGGCAUUGGCAAACAGGCUGCUGCACAUACGAUUGCGUGUUGUGCGGAGGCUUAUGGCGGUAAAGGGUGGCACUUCUACUACGUCGACGAGCGCACGGAGAACGGUCAGCCGGCCAUGAGCGCGAUCGAUGGACCCGCUCACGGCGAGUUCUGCUUCAAGCUUGCGCAAGGUAAGGGUCAGGGGCCUUGGGAUGCUACGUUUGUCAAAGGGGUCGGGUAUAAGGAUUUUGAGUCUGUGACUACGCACCUUUGA